AUGCUUGGGCUUGGUUUUCAUUUUCUUUUGUGUCUUGGCCUUACAGCGCUUCUUCUUCUGGUUUAUAACGGGAAUCUGGAGAAAGACGCGGCUCGGACGACCACUGGACAUGCAUAUCUGCCCACCGAGCGAUGGAAGUUUCAAAACAAAAGUUUCAGCAAAAGAAUUACUGGUAAGCGCAUAGUAUAUGAAGAAAUCGACCGAAGGAAAAAUCUUCAAGUAAGCCAACCUUCAUUUUAGAAAACAAAUGCUUCCUUCCUGCGCUGAACCCAUGGGAUCCCAGUAUUCUCAAGUAUUUGAAUCCACAGUCGGCCCUAAAUAAAACCUGCAAACCAACUUAUCCAGUUCGAAGUUACUUUAUCAAGAACACCCUACGCGUAAAUACGACAAUGGGAAGCAAUGAACACUGCUUUUACCGAUGCGUAAUUUCAAUUCAUGAUCAUUUACUUCAACAAGGACAGUGGAUAAAAAUAAAUGAAACGUCUGGAAAUGAGGUUAACUGUGACGUUACUGAAGUCAAAUGUAAGAUGAACGAGACCGACUCCUAUCAUUUUGCCCAUGUAAACCUGGUGGAGAAGUAAGCACAUAGCCGGUGAGCCAAUAUUUUUUUUUAGAAAGCGUGGCAAAAUUGGCCCAAACCCUGUAGCCAAUGAUGUGUAUCUAAUAAUCCUGGACUCUGUGAGUUCGAACACAUUCCGCCGAGCAUUUCAAUCGACAAAGCAGUAUCUAGAACAAGAACACUCUGCCGUCUUCUUCCCUUAUCUCAACAGAGUUGGGGUGAACAGCAGACCAAACAAUUACGGAUUCUUACUCAACGAAAGGGCUGAAGAUCUACCGGCAAGCCCUUGGAAUCCCUUUUCUGGUGAAGGCCUUGACCGAGUGAUCUGUAAUCGCUCCGUAAUGGAGUAUAAUUACAUUGGCAAAGACUUCCAGAAGACUGGCUAUAGAACAAUGAUUGACACUGACUGGUUCUACAGUCUGUUUGAGUCACCAAAUUGCACCGGGUUUGGGAUGAUUCCAACUGACCAUUACAUCCAGUAAGUCGGUGAGAGGCGCUUUAAAUCUUCAGAAGGACUUUUGCAGUACCUAUGAGCUAAUAGUGGAUAGCGACAGCCCAGAAGGCGACAAGAACUUGUCAAGAAAUAUUCAUAAAGGAGCUUGCGUUGAGCCGCAUCAUCGACCGAUAAAGACGCUACAACAGUUUGCAAACCUAUACCCUAACGAACCCAAGUUUUCGAUUACCAGCUUUGUAAUGCUAGGCCAUGACGACACCAACAAUGUUUUUAGAGGUGACAAGGAUUUCAAAAGAUUUUUUGAGGACAUGAGUGAUAAAGUAAGAAAAUUUUUUUAAAACAAGACGUUUCCAGUUGAAAAAUUCUUACUUGAUCUUUCUGUCAGAUCAUGGCCUUCGUUUCGGUGAGAUAACUGAAAGUGCAAUUGGAAAAAUUGAGGAGAACAACCCUUUCUUAAUGGUCUCUGUUCCACAAAAGCUGCGGAUGAAUAACGACUUCAUGACGCAACUCCGCGAAAACGCAAAGAAACUUGUUACUCAUUAUGAUAUCUACGCAACGCUGUUGGAGAUUGGCAAGGUAAGUUCGGAAAAACAUAAACCCCAACCGUGAUUUGUAGAAUAAUCAUGGAUGGACAGAAAGUACCCUGUUCAGUACCUCUGCCUUCACAACAACCGGCCGUAAGCUCAAAGGAUCUUCUUUGUUUCAUCCACUAAGCGAGCCAAGGGAUUGCCACUCACUACUGAUUCCCUUUCAAUACUGUAUUUGCCAAAGGAAGCAAUGGGAGGUACAAAAUCGAGAGUUGGCUCUACAAGUAGGCCAAAUGAUGGUACAACGAAUCAACCAGGAUGUGAUGAACUCGCCAUACAGCAGUGUUUGCCAUCAAUUAGUGCUGAACCAGGAGUCAGGUUAUAGGGUUAUACAAUUUGAGCCAAAGGAAGACGUCAAGGAAAUCUAUUUGAUUCAAAUCGAAGUCGUCAGUGGCGCUAAAUACCAAGGCUACGCUGGAGUAUGUAACAUAUGUCGGCUGUCUAAACAGCUCUCUUUUCCAUUCAUUUCAGAUAAAAGACGGUCACCUUCGGCUGUACACAACGACAUUCCCCAGGAUGAAUACGUAUGCGAAGCAAGCAUGGUGCAUACCCGAACAAUUCUUACGACAUUAUUGUUUAUGUCAGAAAUAG